UUUUUUUUUUUUUGGAUAUUUAAUCGAAAAUAAUGAAAGCGAAUGUUAGUAUAAUUGUUUGAGGCGAUAAUUUUAUGACGCAAUAAAACGGUUACUGGGAAUGGAGAUUUAAAAAGGGAAGAUAAAGUCCACACAACUAAACGGAAAAAGAGACCAAUUUAAUAAAUUAUUGUAAAAUUGAUCCUACUUAAGAGACAAAAUUUCUCCUUCUCUCUUCCUCUGCCAUCUGCUGCCCUCUGCCCUCUGCCCUCUGCCCUCUUUUGUGGAUCAAAACUCACGAAAAUAGAGAAAGAAAUUUGGAAUUAAUUUUUUUUUAAAUAUGGUUUUUUAUUAAUUGAUUUUAGAAGUAAAACAGAAGCCAAAAGUGAGGAUCUGAAUCAAAAGAUGAACAGGAUGGAAGGCCCAGCUCUGAUUAUCGGGUCUCUGUGCAUUUGAAGGGAAUUUCAUUUGCAGUGUUGAAUGUCAGCCAUUGGUUAGGAUUACUGGUUCUCUGAUCAGAUCUGACAGAUUCAACCGAUCCAUGAAGCUUAUGUUCUUGAAAUCUAGGGCUUUCUUUGUGAAUCUGCUCCGCAGCUCCGUUUACGCCGAUGUCGUCCAAGAUCAAUCACCACCGGAUCAACGGUCAGAUUCCACAGCCUUGUCCACACCUAGCCGAAUACAGAACCCGAAACGGCUCCAAGCCGUUCCGAGCCCUACAGGAGUGCCUCCGUGUAAAGCCGCUCGGUCGGGCCGCGAUCCGCCGCGACCCCAGCGAGGUGCCUCGAUGUGGCGCGUGCGGCGAGGCGGCGAGGUCGCGCCUCUACGCCUGCGUGACUUGCGCGGCGGUGUCGUGCCACAGCUCAGACUCGCCUUCACCGUCGCACGCGGCUGCUCACGCUGUGUCGAUGCCGCCUGGGCACGAGAUCGCCGUGGAUGUAGAUCGCGCCGAGCUAUUCUGUUGUGCGUGUCGCGACCAGGUCUACGACCGGGACUUCGACGCCGCGGUAGUGGUUGCGCAGACGACUGCGUCCACCCUCGGCGGCGGUUCGAUCCGAUCCUCUCCGCCGCCGGAGAAUUUGAGGAAAAGGAGGAGGGUCGAUUAUCGGCCUUGGACACCUGAUCUGAGGGAACGAGUCUUGAUGACUCGAAACUCGAGUCCAUUGCAAAGAACUGAGGGGGCUGAUGGUGCGAACUUGUCCAACUUGCCUUGGGGAUUGAGAGGAUUGAACAAUUUGGGAAACACUUGUUUUAUGAAUUCGGUGUUGCAGGCAUUGCUUCACACUCCUCCACUGAGAAACUAUUUCUUGAGUGAUCGGCAUAAUCGGUAUUAUUGUCAGCAGAAGAACAAUGCUAGUAAUGCAUCCAAGCGCAAUGCUGCUAGCAAUGAUAGUAACAGUAAUAAGAAUUUGAGGUUGUGUUUGGCUUGCGAUAUGGAUGCCAUGUUUUCUGCUGUGUUUUCAGGAGAUCGGACGCCCUAUAGCCCCGCAAAAUUUCUUUACAGUUGGUGGCAGCAUGCAGCAAACCUAGCAAGUUAUGAACAGCAAGAUGCACAUGAAUUUUUCAUUUCCAUGCUUGAUGGCAUCCAUGAAAAGAUGGGAAAGGAUAAACGCAAGACCCAAAGCCAAGGCAAUGGAGAAUGUUGUAUUGCUCAUAGAGUAUUCUCUGGUAUCUUGCGAUCUGAUGUCAUGUGCAUGGCAUGUGGUUUCACAUCUACAACGUAUGACCCAUGUGUAGACAUCUCAUUGGACUUGGAGCCAAAUCAGGGGGUUUCAGCAAAGAUGGGGUCAACAAAAUCCCAUCAUUCUUGCAAUGGUGAGGCAGACUCCAUGAAUUCAAGCCAAAACUGUGGAACAUCAACCCUGAUGGGGUGCUUGGACCGGUUCACUAGACCUGAGAGAUUAGGCUCUGAUCAGAAAUUUUUCUGCCAACAGUGUCAGGUCAGACAGGAAUCUCUCAAGCAGAUGUCCAUAAGAAAGCUUCCUUUGGUUUCAUGCUUCCACAUCAAAAGGUUUGAACAUUCUUCCAUCCGAAAUAUGUCAAGGAAAGUAGACCGCUAUCUCCAGUUCCCAUUUUCGUUGGACAUGGCACCUUAUCUCUCUUCCUCCAUAUUGAGGAGCCGGUUCGGGAACAGGAUAUUUUCCUUUGAUGGGGAUGAGCCAGAUGCAUCAAAUGAGUUAUCGUCGGAGUUUGAGUUGUUUGCUGUUGUCACUCACACAGGUAAACUAGAUGCUGGCCAUUAUGUGACAUAUUUGCGAUUAAGUAAUCAGUGGUAUAAGUGUGAUGAUGCUUGGAUCACUCAAGUUAAUGAGAACAUUGUGAGGGCUGCGCAAGGAUACAUGAUGUUCUAUGUACAGAAGAUGCUUUAUUAUAAAGCAAGUGAAAAACCAACCCCCUCUUGAUAUGACAAUGGCACAAGGCUAAAUUUUCAACUAAUUGUUGGCAGUCAUGGUAAAGUGCAAAAUUGAACAUCAAAGAAGCAUCAGGUCCAGUUCUGUAUACCAUGAAGACCAAUGUCAUUGACUUGCUGCUGUCCUUUUUGGUUAAAGACCAAGCAGCUGUUAUGGUACAUCUUUGAGGGGAGAUUUAUAAUUCAGUUGGAGCAAAAACUGAGCCUGAAUUUUUGUGGCACUCUCCGGCACUGGGCAAAUUUUAUUUAUUUUUAAAGGUAUGGAUUCCUUUAAAAUGGCUUUUGAUUUGAUUCUUUUCUUUCUUUUUCCCCUUUCUUCUGCUCAUUGGAAUGUUGUUGGUGGUGGGUUGAUUCUCUCUCAUGAUCCCUCUUUAGAAGUUGCAAAUGCUUGGCGGUGUAGUUUAGAGGUGUACUAAUCUCUCACAUGGGGAUGUCCAAAUCUGAUUUUAGAGUUCUUUGUGCACACUAAAAUUUUUUCAGAAAGUCAUAUAAACAAAUACUUGCUGCAGAAUAUUUGUAGUGGUUUAUCAUGAAUGACAAACACCAUGUUUCAUUGUGCCAUUGCCAGGCUCUUCUAAAUCACCAACACAUUUCUUAAAUACUACAGUAUCCUUCUAUUUGAAUUGCGCGGACUAGAAAAGCUAAACCUGAAGUUGCUUUUAAAGUUUAAUUUCUUAGUAUGAGGUGUGGGUGCUGUGAUGGUGUCUAUUGUAAUCUGAGAGUUCCUCUUGUUCUAUAGCUGCCAUUUUGUAAAUUGUAACUUUUAUACCCAACCGUUUGAGGCUUAACAAUGCUCACAUUUGAGGUGUAUACAUGUUUUUUCAUGGCC